UGAGGCCUGGGCCGGGGGUGGGGAGGAGUCGAGGGUUUCGGAGCGAGCUCGGCGGCCGGUGAUUCGGGGCGUUCGGCGCGCCCUUCACCGAAGCGGCAGUGGCCGGGCUGGGAGCAGGGAGUGGGAAGCGACGGCGCGGUUGGAAAAUGCCGGUCCAUUCCCGAGGGGACAAGAAGGAGACGAAUCAUCACGAUGAGAUGGAGGUGGACUACGCGGAGAACGAGGGGAGCAGCUCCGAAGACGAGGACACCGAGAGCUCGUCGGUCUCCGAGGAUGGGGACAGCUCAGAGAUGGACGAUGAAGAUUGUGAAAGGAGAAGGAUGGAAUGUUUGGAUGAAAUGUCCAAUCUUGAGAAACAGUUUACAGAUCUCAAAGAUCAACUUUAUAAAGAGCGGUUGAGUCAGGUGGAUGCGAAACUCCAAGAAGUCAUAGCUGGAAAAGCCCCAGAGUAUUUGGAACCACUGGCUACUUUGCAAGAAAAUAUGCAGAUUCGCACAAAGGUGGCAGGCAUCUACAGAGAGCUCUGCCUAGAGUCUGUGAAGAACAAGUACGAAUGUGAAGUCCAGGCUUCACGCCAGCACUGCGAGAGUGAAAAGCUUUUGUUAUAUGACACAGUCCAGAGCGAGCUUGAGGAGAAGAUAAGGAGGCUUGAGGAGGACAGGCACAGCAUCGACAUUACCUCAGAGCUGUGGAAUGAUGAGCUUCAGUCACGGAAGAAGAGGAAGGACCCUUUCAGCCCCGACAAAAAGAAGCCUGUCGUUGUUUCCGGUCCAUAUAUAGUUUAUAUGCUUCAGGAUCUUGAUAUCCUUGAAGACUGGACAACAAUUAGAAAGGCAAUGGCUACAUUGGGUCCACAUCGAGUUAAAACAGAACCCCCCGUGAAACUGGAGAAACACCUGCACAGUGCUCGAUCUGAAGAGGGAAGACUGUAUUAUGAUGGCGAAUGGUAUAUACGUGGACAAACAAUAUGUAUUGAUAAGAAAGAUGAGUGUCCUACAAGUGCUGUAAUUACAACAAUUAACCAUGAUGAAGUUUGGUUUAAGAGGCCUGAUGGAAGCAAAUCUAAGCUUUACAUUUCACAGCUACAGAAAGGAAAAUACUCAAUUAAACAUUCGUAAUCACAAUUUAAGUGUAUCCAAAUCUACCUUAUUAGUGUUACCAAGUGUAAUGUGCCAUGGGAGCCAAGAAAAUGUAUUCAGCAGCUGAACUCUUCAUCGAGUCAUGAGAGAAUGUGUCUUUUAGGUAGAACUCUAAGUAGACCCAUAUUUGUAAGUCAUUAAGAAAAAUAGCGGAAAAAAUUAAUCAUGACCAUCACAUUUAUUUGCCUCUUAGGUCCAGUGGCCAGCAGGUAUAUUUGGUAUGUAUUUUUUCCCUCAGUUUUGUUUCAUUUUGUGUUUUAAUUAUGUGAGUGUUUCAUCUUUUAGUGCACUACAAACUACAGUUAAGCUGCAGUUUUAAAGUCUCCUGCCUUCAUCACUCAUUGUGUUUGUAAAUAAGACUGAGAAAAUAUUUCCUAUACAUGAUUUGUAUUAGCGCAUUAGUUUAAAUCAAUUGAAAUUUAUACAUAUGUCUGUGAGUAUGUAUAUAUGGCAUCAUCAGCUUACAUAGAACCGGCGGCCCAGCCGUCCAAUGUUGUUUUACUCCAAGUUGAACUGUUGGGUCUGAGAAGUAAAGGGAGCACUUUUACAGACUGGAUCUCCUUCUCUCUGCCUCAUGGUGGUGGCCUGUUUUCCAGAUAUUAGAGGUAUAUUGGUAGCAUUGUGUCACGUGUGACCACGCUGCUGCUGUGUUUAUUGUGAGCUUUUGGAGAGCAGGUGCCCCCUGUUGUUGGUAAUGCAGAGUCUGCGGGAGUAGCGGCUGGCAGUAUUGCGGUGCUUUCUGCACAUGUCUGACCUUCUGAAGAUUUUAGUAAGCAUUUUCCGGAGGCAAAGCUAGAUCCUUAUUCUAAUUUUAUUGCUAGGAUAGAUGUGAAUACUUCCUUUGAAUCUAGCCCUCCCCAUUAGCCUUUUUAAAAUCUUACAUGUUUUUACAUUUUAAGGCCAUUUGGUGCAAUUUAGAAAAUGUUGGCCUCCCUUCCCUUAGCCACAUUCAUAAUUAACUUCCAAAGCCUCUGGAACCAGGUAGAACACUGAAGCCCGCAACUUGGCAGCGCAGUUGGCUAUAGUAUGUGUUUAGGGUGCCACCAAACCAAGUGUUCUGGUGGUCUCAUGCACUUUAAUUUCUGUUACCGUGGUAUUUAGGAGGACGAGGAAGAUUCACUUGCUCACACUCAGCCAAGGAGUCUCUGCAUGAUUCCGUUAGUUCCUUAUGAGUUUACCUCUGCAGGUGUCCUGUGCAGGUACCACUUCACAGUUGCCAAAUGUAACCCGUUCGACUUUUGAAAUCAGUAUCAGCAGUGUUGUGCUGCUCUGUUCUGUUUCUCAUCAACCUUAGCAGCUGGACUUACUGUCGCAAUCCAGGAGCAUUCGACAGUACUUAUAUGUAUAUAUGAUGUUUGAUAACAUUUUUAAUGAGAUUUGUAUUUUUAAAUUUAGUAUGUAAUAAAAAGAAGUGUUUGAGUGUCAUUUCUGGUACUGUGUGUUAUUCGCUUAUGCUUAGUUGUUUCUACCCUGUCUACUUCUGGCAGAUUUGAGCCAGUUGUCAUCGGUAGAUCCACAGCGGUGUGGAGGGGCUUGCGCUCGGCUACCCACACUUGCACCUCUGCGGGACAUGCGUAGGUAUUGAGGGCCUAAGUUAUACGUAACUAAAAUAUGCACACAGGUGUGUUAUACCUUAGCAAGUAUACUCUGUAUUUUGAAAUUCUAACCAGAAAAAAAAAUAAAGACUUGUUUCUCAUG